AUGCAUUUUGUCAAGAAGGUCCCGACCAGUGAUGAAGAAAAAGCAGUAAAGCAAAAGGAGAGAGCUGCGAAACUCAAGGUGUUUUGCACAGUUCGCGAUCGUAUCUUUGAUAAGAGAGCCAAAGGAGAGUUGGAUGACGAAAUUUUGAGCCUGACACAGAGGUUGUUAGAGAAAAACCCAGACAUAUAUACGUUUUGGAAUAUCAGAAGAGAAACGAUUGAGAAAAAGAUUAAGGAAUGGAAGGAUUGUGAGUCAACUACAGAGGACGACUCAUGUAAGGAAAAGUGCAGGAAGAAAAUAGAAAAUAUUUUGUCGGGAGAGUUGUUUCUAACGCAAGCAUGUUUGGAGGAAAAUCCCAAGUCCUAUGCGGUAUGGUUCCAUCGAGGUUGGACUUUACAACGACAGGAACAUCCAGAUAUCAAACGUGAGCUUGCGCUUUGUGAGAAAGCUCUCAAGUUGGAUUGCCGGAAUUUUCACACAUGGGACCAUCGCCGUGUCGUUGCAAAAUUAGGAAACCUUGGAGAGGAGGAAGAGCUCGAAUUCUCAAAUCGUCUCAUCGCUCAGAAUUUUUCCAAUUAUUCGGCUUGGCAUUACCGAGCAGUGCUCCUUCCAAGAAUUCAGAAUGCUAAGACUGGCGAAUUCAAACUUGACGACACCGUGAUUGCGAGUGAACUAAAGAAGGUGACAUCCGCCUUUUUCACUGACCCCGACGAUCAAAGUGCCUGGGUUUAUAGUCGGUGGCUUCUUGAAAUGGGUUCCGAAAAAGAGUUUUUGAGGCCGGACUCAGUAUCGCCAGCUGUUCCACUCACUAUAUCCUUCCAUGGUAAUAACACUACCAUUGUUAUGUCGAAAGCUUGCACUUUUAAUGAACUGCUACCUUUUGUGGAAUCUUCCUCAGAGGCUUCUUGGCGAGGGAUUUCGGCAUUUUCUGAGCAGCCACACUCGACGAGGAUUUGGCAGUGUAUGUCCGAUGUGCCAUGCAUCGCCCGACUCAACCUUGAUGAGGGGAACAUCUUAGAUGUCUCCAAGAAGCCAUAUGUGAAUAAGGAGCUCCUACGAAAGGCGUUUGACAUGACGAUUCGCAAACCAAAUGUUGCUAUAGAGACUAUAACAGAAAACUGCAAGCAGCUGAUGGAAAUGGAGCCGAAAAAUAUGUGGGCACACUACAUGUAUACGUUGUGCCUAAUGGAAACUCGUCCUGCCGAAUGUCACGAAGAAAUUCUUAAACAUCUAGGUACUCUGGCAACCAUGCUUGAUGUAAAAAGGCAGGAGAUCUACAAGAACUUGGCUUCUCGUCAAAUUUUGAAUCGAGUUUUACGAGAUGAAGUUGACGGUCAACCUCUUCUCGAAUUAUUAAUGGAUGGGAAGAAUAAUCAAUUAGCUAUACGUAAUGCACAAAUAUCGAGCUUGGACGGAGUAGAGCUUCUAGCGGGUUUGGUUACCCAGUUGGACGUCAGCGGCAAUCAGUUGUCUAGUCUCGAUGGUAUAUUGCUGCCGAACCUUGAGUACCUCACUGCCAAUGAAAAUCCUAUCACGAGGAUAUCUGCUACUACUACUCUAUGCAAUCUGAAGUUUUUAUCGCUAGGUGCUUGUAUGCUGGAUAAAGUAGAGUGCGUGUUACCUGCUCUCAAAAGAAUGUGCUCGUUGGAGAGGUUUUUGUACUGCGAAACUCCCCUCGUCGAAAAGACCAAGGAGUUGCAGGAAGAGUUGGAAUCUGUCAGGUUGAUACCUUACUAUCUGUGA